UCGACCGAAGGCGUGUUGAAUCUAGCACCUCGACCGAAGGCGUGUUGAACCUAGCACCUCGACUGAAGGCGUGUUGAACCUAGCACCUCUCCUCUCAUACUGCUUCCCCCGGACUCGACUGAACGGGUGUUGAGACUCCUCCAUCUCCACCUCAUACUGCCUCCCCCAUCUCCACCUCAUACGGCCUCCCCCGGACUCGACUGAAGGCGUGUUGGCACUGCGAGCGGCUGCAUCCAUGACGCUGGGACGCGAGACGCCUGCACGGAACACAGCGCGGAGAACAGGCAAGAGCAGCAGACCAUGAUAGACCACGUGCUGGGCCGGCCGUCGGUGCAGUUCAGGAAGAUGCAGGUGCUGGCCGUCGUGUCGUUUUGGUCCUUUUAUCUCUACAGAGGCGACCGCCACGGCCCGCCGCUGGUCCGGCGGCUCUCGUCGCUGCUCUCGUCGCGGCUCACCGUGUGGCAGACGGCGCUCGUGACGCUGCUCUACCUGUACGUGGCGCGCAACUUUGGCAAGCUCGUUGGGCUCGAGUGCCCGGAGCCCCUCGCGGCGCUGUACUCGCGGUCGUACUUCCGCGCGACCUGGGUCACCACCGCGCUGGACGCGGGCUUCUGGUCCGCCAUGAAGAUCAAGCGCCGCGCGCUGCGCGACGCGUGCAGCGUCGUCUUCAGCGCCUACUACCUCGUGUGCGCCGAGCAGGCCGACGAGAAGGUGCGCAAGAUCCGCGCCUCGCUGACGGUCGACCACCUGCGCGUGAGCUGGAACAAAGGCACGACGCCGUACCUGCGCGCGCUGACGACGCUGAUGCGCCCGCGGCUGAUGUGGUACCCGCCGCGCAAGCUGCGCAUCCCGCGGCCGCCCGGCAGCAGCUACAGCGAGCCCGUCGUUGCGUGGCUGUACUUCAACGGCCCGCUCGGCGCGCUGAAGACGCACCGCCACGACCGCAUUGUGCUGGACGUGCCGGGCGGCGGCUUCGUGGCCAUGGACCCGCGCCACCACGACGACAAGCUGAUGGGCUGGGCCGGCAAGACGGGGCUGCCUGUGCUGAGCCUGGACUACCGCAAGGCCCCCGAGCACCCGUACCCGUACGCGCUGAACGAGUGCUACGACGUCUACCACAGCCUCGUCGCGACGCGCGGGCGCUGCAUCGGCCUGGCGGGCGACGUCGAGCCGCGCAUCGUCGUCUCGGGCGACUCGGCCGGCGGCAACCUGGCCGUGGCCAUGGUGCUGAUGGUCCUGCAGAGCGGCUCCACGGCAACGCGACGCGGGCAGGGCGAGCGCCCCCUCACGCCGCCCGUCGGCUGCAUGCUCAUCUACCCGGCCCUCGACAUGAACAUUGGCAACUGGAUGACGGACGAGCAGAUGGCCCUCAUCCGCGACCGCCGCACCCGCAAGACCAACCGGCCCAUCCUGCGCCACAAGAGCGCCGACUACCGCCACCUCGCCCCGAACACGCCCUUUGGCUCCGACGACGACGCGAGCGACGACGACGCGUCGAGGACGCGCGCCGUCAACGGCACAGUGCCCGCCAGCGAGAGCGUCCUCGCCUCGCCGCAGACGGCCAUUCGGCUCACCACCAGCCUGACCACCAGCCGGACCGACGCCCUGACCACCAGCCUGACCGACGCCCGGACCGACGCCCGGACCGACGCCCGGACCGACGCCCGGGCCGACGCCGCCCCCGACCAGCUGUCCGCCGUCGCCACACGCGCCUCCAACGACACGCCCCGCGUCUCCCAGCAACCCGCCCCGCCCGCCACAGCCAUCAAGACGCGGCUCGCAACCUCGUCCAUCAUCGCCUACUUCAACGACCGCAUCCUGACCCCCGAGAUGAUGCGCGCCAUGAUCAUCCUCUACAUCGGCCCGCACCACCGCCCGGACUUCAGCACCGACUUCCUGCUCUCGCCGUGCCUCGCCCCUGACGCCCUGCUGGCCCGCUUCCCGCGCACCUGGAUGCUGACGGGCGAGCGCGACCCGCUGGUCGACGACACGGUCAUCUUCGCCGGCCGCCUGCGCCACGCCAAGCGCGCCGACUGGACCACGGCCCGCGAGAUGGGCAUGGACUGGGCCCGCGGCGAGUUCAGGGACGAGGACUGCGUCAACGUCGACCUCGUCCCGGGCAUCUCGCACGGCUUCCUGCAGUUCGUCGGCGUCUUCCCGGACGGCUGGAAGUACAUCUACCGCUGCGGCCGCUGGAUCGAGGCCGCCUUUGCCGCCGCCGACGGCACGGACGGGCCCGACUCGACUGCCGCGACGCCCUGGCAGCGCAGCUUCGGACAAGACGACUACUUCGGCGCCGCCGGUGCCGGCGGCGGCGGCUUGCGCUCGCCCUCGGCACCGAGGACGAGCCAUCACUACCGCUCCGGCACCGCAUCGAGCGCCGACGACGACCGCCCGCUGGAAAUGACGGUGCUGCCCAAGAACAAGGCGAGGCUCACCCCGCCGCAGGAGCAUGCCAACGGCGCGGGGCGGACGGCGAGGGGGAGGGCGCGGGCCAGGAAGAGCGAGACGGGGCGGAGAAAGUCACUCGUCAGUCUGGCGAGCGAGGAUGAUCUGCUGGGGCGCAGGAUGAAGGGCUUGACUGGCGGACUUGGGGGGCAGGGGCUGUUGGACUAGCGGUUGUAACUUGUAAGCGUGCACAGCAUUUCCGGCGCAUCUCUGACAGCCGCAAUCUUGAAUUGGAACAGUAAAAACUGGGACGUGGACGACUCAAGAACAGCCUGGGGAUUCGAUCCAGCACGUCAGUCGACGUCUGACAUCUUGCGUCAGGUGUCAAGCUGGGUCUGUUCAUAUGUGGUGUUGUGACUUCAUACGCACAGCACAUAUCUGGACAGCUGCA